AUGGAGAGUGUCAAUCCCCAUCAGACAAACUUCUUCCCUCUGAAAGGUCUCAAGUCCCCUUGGUCAGCGGUAAAUGCAACUUUAUCAAGCUGGGAAUCGAGCUCAGCAGAACCAGUCCGAGGAAUAGCACCGGCCGGGAUAUUUGAGAAGAGCUUUAUCAUCAGUCUGAUGGUUAUCCAAUGCGCCCUUCUUCAUCCCAAAUUCCAAGGCUCGACCUCCGCCCGACUCACCCGAUUAUCUUUGGGACCACUGACCAUUGGGUGGUGGCUAUCCUAUCCCUUUCGUCUGCCCGCCCUCCCGAUCCAAGAUCGAUCAGUCUUUCCCGGGAUAAUGGCCGCAAUCAUGAUCUUCAAAUCGCUCGAAUGGACUUUCGCCUCCGGGCCAUACCACAUCCGUAGUUUGAAAAUUGUCCAAGGCGUGCCCGUUUGGAAGAAGGAUUCGACGGACGAACUUUCAUUGGAAAAAAGGCAGUCUGGUUUGGGUGACUUUGCCUUAUGGACGGUGUUGCUAUUUACCUCUCAACGCGGGUUGAGAUGGUCGUGGGGACCUGAGAGCAAAGGGAACACGAAUUCGUUCGCGCAAGCGCUUCUCGAACUGGUACGGCUUCAAAUGGUUCUCUUGCCAAGUUUAGGCUUCGUGCUCUACUCUGAGGACUGGGCCAACUACGAGAUCGAUCCGCGAGGAGCGCUGCUAAGGCUGGGUGUCCCUUCAUUUCGGGGUCUCGGCUUCAUAGCAGGAUGCUUGCACUCCGUUGGCACAAUGACCGCGCUCAGCACCAUUGUCGAGAUUCCGAGUGCCAUCGCGGUACUACUUUUUCAUCUGGUAUACUCGAUCGCCAAAACAAUGGGCCUUUCUCCCAAGUUAUCCGAGUUGGUUAAUCCAGCAGGCUUGCCUCCCUACUUCGGCUCCUUGUUCGAACUCUCUUCCUUGGCUCAUUUCUGGGGGAAGUCUUGGCACCAGAAGUUCCGUCGUGCUUUCCUCUUCUGCGGCGGUAAACCGGCAAUCUCACUAGCUAGAGCAUUGGGUGCCUCGCCUGAGGUGCAAAAGGUUUGUGGGGUCUUCGCCGUCUUUGCUGUCAGUGGACUUCUUCAUGAAUAUCCCCUGCAUGCUUUCCAACGGGAGCCCCAUCCAUAUCCUCGAGAAUUGUUCAAGACCCUACCAGGCACUUUCAUUUUCUUCUUUGCUCAAGCACUCGGGGUGAUUCUCGAGCCAUUUGUUAUCCCACAUGUGCCGAAGAAGUUGGGUGGGGCCAAGCUUUGGACGGCCUCGUUCUUGUUGCUUACCGCUCCACUCUUCACUCGUGAUGCUUGUCGCCCUCCGGGAUUGUUCAACCAAUUUCGACCUCUUCAAGAAUGGACAUGGGUUGAAAUCCUUAUCCCAGGCCCCCUCUCUUCUCGGACCAUUGCCACCAAGUAG